AGACCCGCUCUUCUUGUUGUUUUCCUGUGCACUGCUUUCAAUUGACGACGCAACGCUUUAAUACAGCUUUCUAACGGUUGUGAGAGGUCAUGACUUUUUUCAAAACCACAGCGUGUAGGCUGUGUUCUAGGGUGGGGAGCGCAGUGACAAAGUUGUCCACCUCAUCCGAAAGCGGUGCAUCGCCUCGAUGGGCUUUUCGCCACAUUCUCGGAACAAGGCAAUUUGCUCUCUUCAGCGACACAGUAAAUAAUGCAAAAGUGUCCGCACAUUGCACCCUUCCUGCGCCACGUGCUGGUCGAAAAUACAAGAGAAACCGAAGCCGUCCCCAGUCAGAGGCCACGUCUGACAAGCAGCUUUUGCCAUUCACUUGUCAACUUAGUAAUUUAUGUCGCGGUUUCCCACUUGUUUUGACACUACGUUGCGAAACACGUGCUGGUCAGCUUGUUGUAAACGGUGCUUCCUUCACUCGUGAGGCGGUGGAGCUGCGUCAAGGACCAGAAGCGACCCGUAAUCAGCUCUCGUACAGCGGUCCGUACUUGACACAGACACACUUGGCAGAUCUUGUAGUCGGUGUGCGACCUCUCAGCAGUCCUCUGGAGCAAGUGUUCCAUGAGGAGGCACUCUUUUUCAAUUCGACCUAUUGUUUUGACAACUCCGCUCAUAGUUGGCACGGGCACAAUCCAGUGCAUACAGUGCGACCUGAGGUAACAGAGGCGAUCGCUCAAGUGGCGGCAAGCUUUGGCGUUGAUGACGCUCUCGCCGCCUACGUUUCUGAAAAGGCUCGACUUGUUGAAAAAGCUGAGGUGGCUGCGUGGCGGCAAAUUUUCCACGAUUCAGUCAUCUUGCGCUAG